AUGAGCGAUCCAAGUUGUGUACGCGUUGCAGUAAGAGUGAGGCCGCAAUCUGAACGAGAAAAAGUUGAAAACAGUCAUAUUUGUACAAACGUUUUGCAGAAAGAAGCACAGGUAACGAUUGGUGGUGAAAGGAGCUUUACAUUUGAUUAUGCCUUUGAUAUUGGAACUCGUCAACAGAAAGUUUAUGAUAACUGUGUUAAAAAUUUGAUUGAAGGAACUUUUGAAGGUUUCAAUGCAACUGUUCUAGCUUAUGGUCAGACUGGCAGCGGUAAAACCUAUACGAUGGGUACAGCAUUUGAUAUGAUGGAUGUAAUGAAUGAAAUCGAUGUGGGCAUUGUCCCACGUGCCAUUAGGCAUCUUUUUUCUGGAAUGGAUAAUCGCAAACAGCAAGCUUUAGAGCAAGGUCUCGUAGAACCUUGUUUUGACAUUGUUGCACAGUUCGUUGAGCUGUACAACGAAGAUAUAAUUGAUUUACUAAGUCAUGAACGAUCGCCUACAGGUCUUCGUAUUCAUGAAGACUCUAAGGGAGAAAUUUUCUUAAAUGGUGUAACGCGAGUUACAGUAACAAGUCCCUCACAGACAUUAGAGGUCUUGAAAAAUGGUGCGCUUAAUCGCAAAACUGCAUCAACCAAUAUGAACGAACAAUCGUCGCGUUCACAUGCCAUUUUUACAGUGAUAAUUAAACAGCAACGAACAGUUGUUGUCAAACCUUGUUUUGAUUCUCAAGCUAUCGCUGAACAAGGCGACGAAGCUUCUGCAUCGGAAGAACCUCCUGCAACUGAACUGGAGCUUUUAAGUGCCAAAUUCCAUUUUGUUGAUUUAGCUGGUUCGGAGCGUCUAAAACGCACUGGUGCUACUGGCGAUCGGAUAAAAGAAGGCAUUAAUAUCAAUUUUGGAUUGUUAGCAUUGGGUAAUGUUAUAUGUGCAUUAACUACACCCACAACAUCAGACAAAGUGGUACAUAUACCAUAUCGAGAUUCAAAGCUAACUCGUCUACUCCAAGAUUCACUUGGUGGAAACAGUCGAACUUUAAUGAUUGCAUGUAUCAGUCCAUCGGAUUGCGAUUAUGUAGAAACGCUAAACACCUUGAAAUACGCUAAUCGAGCGAAAGAUAUCAAAAAUAAGAUUGUAGCAAAUCAGGAUAAGUCAAGCAAAUUAAUUGGUCGUUUACGUUCGCGCAUAGCCGAAUUAGAGGCUGAAUUGUUGGACUUCAAACAGGGUCGGAUAACAGUUUCGGAUGGUGUCGAGUCCUUCAACGAUCAGUACAGAGAGAACGUAUUAUUACAGGCAGACGUAAGUCAGUUAAGAAUUCGGAUAAAGGCUUUACAAGAAACGGUUGAAAUGCUGAGGGCUCGGAAUGUUCAGCUAUUAGUUGAAAAAGAUGAAGUUUGUACAAGAAUGCGUUUUUCAGAGACCCAAAAUCAGCAAGUAUUCAUUGAGAGCACUACUAACGAAACGAGAGAACAAGAAGAUGAUGCAUUUGGUAGUACUGUGCGCGUAUAUCUUGAUGAACUCGAGUCUUUGAGAUGUGCGUUAAUGGAGUCGCAUGCAACGAAUGAGCAAUUACACCAGCAAAUGAAUCGUUGGAAAGCGAUGAUAGCGAAUAACAUACCAAGAAUGUCUGUGGACUAUUUAGCAAACUGCGCUGCGAUGAUUAACGAUUCGUCGGGUAAUAAUGCAGAAAGUGUCGCAACAUCCACACCAACCUUCUCAUUGAUCCGGGAAGCAAAGGCUGACAUUAAGCGUAUGAAACAAAGUAUGACGGAAAGCUCACCUGAAGAGGAGAAGACAAAUCAAGAUGAAGCGAAGAUAAAUGCAGAUGAUGUAAUGAAAUCUAGUAUAGCGAUGGAUGAUUUUGAUGUGAAUGAUGCUGAGGAGUUGAAAGAUGAAGAUAAUGAAGACAUCGAAAUUGAAAAUGAAGCGGAAACUGAAUGUCUUAAACUCAGAGACGAUCUCGCAGACUUGCAGGCAGAAAUAUCCAUCAAAGAACGCUUAGUCAUUGAGCUUGAGCUAAGUGAACGUCGCCUUGCCGAGAAGAAGUUGGCGGAACUCUCAUUGCGAAUAAGUGAAAUGGAAGUGGAGCGCGAUAGAGUAUUGGCUGAAAUGGCAUCAAAACACUCACAAAAGGUUGUUGACGCAGAACAAGUUCGUAAGAUUCGCGGGGAUUACGAAAAGAAGCUAACCACAAUGCGCGAUGAAUUCAGGAAGUUGCAGUCCGUUGAACGAGAACAUCGUCGAAUGCAAGCAAAACAAGUUGCAGAACAGCAACAGCUUUUGCGGUUGAGAAAUGAACUAAAUGAAUUGAAGAAAACAAAGGUCCAACUGAUGCAGCGAAUCAAGGAAGAAGCCAGACGUGCUAAAGCAACUGAAUUAACAAACAUGAAGAAGCUAGCUGGUUUAGAAAAAGAAUCUAGAAAGAAAGAUAACUUAAUCCAGAAACUUCAAAACAAAGAUCGUCAGCGGGAAGAUUUCUUGAAAAGAUCAGCCGAUGAAGUUAAUCGCUUACGGCAGCAAGUCCGUCAGCGUAGUGCUUAUGAUCGUAAAACUGAACGAAGUGGAACACAACGGACCUUGCGGUCAGCACCACUGCGUCAUGGACGUGAUACAGCUCCUUUAACAAAAUUAGAAGUAAAUAAAGCAAAAGCAAAGUGGAUGGCUAUUGAAAAAAAUAUACGUCGUAGAAUUAGCCAGCGUCAAGCGAUCAGCAAGAUGGAAGACGAACUGGAGAAAAUUGUAGCUGAGAAACGUGUUUUAGCCGAAGAAAUUCAACGACUGGAACAGCAAUUUAUCAAGGCGAAAGAUCUGGCUGAAAGAGACCUCAUUGGUGAACACAUUGAUGGUUGCUAUGCGAAGAUGCGCUACGUUCAGGAACAGUUCACCGAAUUGCGGAAUACAAUUGCUGGUAUCGACAAUGAAAAUACGAAGAUGAAAGUUUGUACUCAAAAUAGCGAGUACUUAGAUAUACAAAUAUCAGUACAGAAAUCUAGCAUCAGUAAAACUAAAAAUCAAUGGAAAGAAUUAAAUGUGCGAAAUUUUGAAAAUCUGAGCUAG